AUGGCGAGCCGGACUCCGAAUUCGUGGAGUAGCUGGCUAUACGAGGCAGUUGGCGCCAUCCCCAGCGAGACUGCCAAUUCCCAGUUCCAGGCCUUCUACGAACACAUUAGGAUCCGGGAAUUGCAGGAGGAAAUCUCGGACAGUACACCUGAAUGGCUAACUUCGCGGCCUCCACGGACAGCUCCGAUCAUCCUGGAGUACGACACCCAGGUUCCUGUAUCAAUUAAGGACUGGAAGACCCUUGAAGCUUGCAACGUUGGUAUCCACGAGGCCCUGUGCUAUGUUGAGGAAAAGAGUAGAACAGAAAUGCACUAUUAUUUGAAAGCCACAAAACGACCAGGGAAAAGGGAUCUGUUGCAUACACCCUUUCACAGGGGUUCGCCCGAGGGCACCUCCUUGUCAACAGGCUUUCCUGUGUUUUGGCGGUUUCAACGGGGUCCUGGCACUACAGGCAGGCAGAUGCCUGCUGUAGAGGAUGCAACGACCUGGCGCCUGAAGUGGUUUAAGCAACACAUUGCACUGGCUAGCUGGCCAUUCUUCCUUGCGAGCUACCGACAUCAACGGCUCAAGUUUAACAAUCAAACUCAGAAGUUCAUGAAUGACCGUGAGGUUGAAGAACGUGGGCAGAUGAAGGGGGAGAAAGAGCAGGUCCCCGAGGUGGAUAGCAAUGUUGACUCUUCGAAGUUCUUUUACAAACGUCGUGACAGCCCUCUUGGUAGGCAUUAUGACCUCCAGUUCCUUCCGGGGAAUGCCCAUUAUGGUCCUUGA